ACGGGGCGGGGGGAGGCGGGGGCGAGGCAGUAGCAGCCGCUGCUGGCUUAAAGGGACAUGCACCCGGCACGGCCGCCUUUUUACGACAUGGCGGUGGCCGGGGCCCCCGAGCACACGGGUAUUCUCCAUGCAAGUCACAGAUCUACAUCAUUCACUGAUGGGCUUUCGGCAGCUUCCUUCUCAGAGUACCCCAGGCACAAACCAUUCAUUAAUGCUGACCUAUGUCGAUCCCCUGCCAAGCCGGUAAUUGCCUAUCCAGAGAGUAACAGCAAAGCCAUAUUCUCAGCUCUGAAGAACCUGCAGGAGAAAAUACGACGGUUGGAGCUAGAAAGGAUUCAAGCAGAAGAGAAUGUGAAAAGCCUGACCAGAGAGACCUCAGAUUAUAAAAAAGUGCUAAGUGAGCAGUUGCUGGAAAGAGAACAAUCGAAGUUGCAAGUGUCCAAGAAAAAUGAUGAGCUGGCAGCACAACUGGCAGCAGCCGAGACUCGCUGUAAUCUUCUGGAGAAACAGCUGGAAUACAUGAAGGAAAUGAUAGCACAGGCAGAACUUGAGAAGACAACUGUCUUGGAGAAACAGGCCACAUUGGAAAGAGAGAGGACUGUUGAUCACUCCCACGUGAAGUCCAAGUUGGAAAGGUUGGAUCUGCUUGAGAAAGAAUACACCCGGCUUACUGCAAUGCAGUCUCUUGCAGAGAAAAAAAUGAAAGAAUUGGAAGAGAAGCUCCAAGAGGAAGAACGUGCUCGGAAGCUGGUGCAGGUGAAAGCUGCCGAGCUUCAGACAGGGUUGGAGACAAAUAGAAGGUUGCUGCAGGCCCAGACCCAGCCGGCACCAGUCUUGAUGCCUUCAAAACCCAAGAAGAUGAAAAAAAAACCAAAGCAGCUGGAGAAGAAUGACACGGGAAUGACCCACUUCCAUGCACAGCCCCACUACAGGCUACGAUUGGGUGAUGUGCCAUUUGUUGCUGGGAAGUCUACCAGCCCAAGCCACUCAGUCACAGCCAAUGUGCAGCACGUGCUCCACCUCAUGAAGCAUCAUUCGAAAGCCCUCUGCAACGACCGCGUGGUCAGCGAAGUCCUGCUGUGUAAACAGAUGAACAAGGGCAGGAGACCUUCUUUAUCUUCCAUUUCUUCCACGUCCCAAGGAGACCUUUCUGAGGUGCUUCUGACAUUACAAGAUGAGCUCGGGCAAAUGAGUUUUGAACACCAGCGUUUAGCAAAAUUCAUCCAUGAAGCUUCAACAAUUGCCUUAAGGGGAGAUUUGGAGAGGGAGUUGGAAGUGCUUGUGAAAAGGAUGGAGGCCAAGGCUGAACAAAUCAAUAAAAUCCAGAGGCAUCGGGCACGGCUGGAGAAGCUGAAGGAGGCCAGCAAGACCAAGCAGCGCUGCUCUCGGGAUCCCUGCAAAGGGGACGAAGAGAAGAUGGUGCCUGGCAAAGUGAAAGAGGCCAGUCUGAAGAGAAAACCGGGUGAGCAGGGGAAGAAGAGCCUCCAGCUGCUGAGAGAGAUGCAAUGUAUACAGUCCUCCCUUCAGAAAGAUGACAUCAAUUGGGACUGCUGAAGAGUCUUCCCCUGUGGGGGUUUGCACCUUUUUCCUUUUCAUUCUGGCUGCAGCCAACCAGCCGCCGUGCUGGCUGAAAGACAGUAUUAUAGUGGCACCUUCUAAACAAAGGGUUCUCCUAUUCCACCUGUAUGCCUGAUCGUAUUGCCAUCAUGAGGGGAACUGGGGAUGGGCAGAAAGGGAAGAAAGGUAGGCGCCUUAUUGCUGUAUUGCUAAACCCCAUGUUGGUACCAGCGAUGGCUAUAUUGCUUUGAAAAGUAAUCCUUGCCCUACAGUUCUGCUUCUGACAAUUAACUGUAGUCGAGACGGUAGGGUGUGUGUGUGUGUGGUUUUUUUGUUUGUUUAAUUUCAUCUCCUGGAGAGUUGAAAGUGAUGUGGGAAAAGCAUCAGUGUCAAUUUUUUGCAGCGCUCUCACUUGGCUUUAUAAACACACAGGGCCUUUGAAUGGAACAAUGGAAUUAAGGACGGUGCCCCUUUUGACUCUUUCAAGAUCCUUUUAUCAUAAAGCAGCUUUUUCUUUAAAAAGAAAUAGCUCCUUCUUCUCAGCAUGGAGAACUCUGUAUCGCCACUCAUGCCUCGAUGUUUGAGCAAGGUGCCUGUUUUGAAAGAUGAAAAUUGGGCACAGAGGUAAGAAGAGGAUUUUCUUUGACAUUCAAUUAAACACCAUGAUUUUUUUUAAACCAACCAACCUCCACAUCCAUUUUAGCCAUGGAAUCUAAGUGAUGUGGUUUCAGAAUAAAACUGAAUUGCCAGGUUGAUUUUAUCUCACUUCUACUGUUUUGCUGAAAAGCAUGAGAUCAGUAUGUGUGUGUUUUUUUUUCCAAAAUAAAUAGUGCCUUAGAUCAUGCUGUUUAAUACUGGCAGGCAGCUUUUUAAAAACGAUUAUUCCCUAGACUAGAAGAUCUGGUGGUGGUUCUGGUACUAGGCAGUUUUAAUGUACAUUCAACAAUAUUAUUUAUUAUAUUAAUAAUGUAAAGGCUUUCUGAUGAUUAGACUGUAGUAAUAACUCAAAAUGUCCUGUGCUUUUUGAGGUUUGAUUGGACUGCAAUAAAGGCAAUGUGCUAAUGGAAUAAAUUAGCUGGGAAAACCAGUGCUCUUUGAUCUCCCACUUAACAUGGACUGCUGGACUUCAGGAACUGAUCUGUGUAAUCCAUGCACAAAGCAGGUUGUAUCAUUAGUUGACAUUUUUGCCUUGGUGACAGAUUACUGGCUGUAAUGAGAAUGGAUGCCUGGCAAACUGGCUGGUGGGCCCAGCCUCUUUCCAUCUCCUGCCAAAGCAGAAAAGGACCUAUGCCCAGUCAGCCACUCCAGUCUAGUUGUCUCUUGCUCUCUUUUGCAAAAAGAUGGAGUAGAAGGAACUAGAAUCACCCUUUGCUUGGGCUUGAAGCAAAGUAUGAGGGGUCUAGUCUGAAAAUUAGCAAACUGGAGGGUGAUGACUUUGGGGUCGAUGCCCUGACUGUGCUCAGUGCUGCAAUAAAAGGAGAAGCUAUAAAUGGCCUGCAUUAGAUGCAUGGAUGCUUCAAAGCUGAUUGGAAGAAGUGUUGCUGUCUAUUGCAGCCACUCUGCUUCCUUGGGCUUCCAUGCAAUCCUGAAAAAAUAAUGCCACUACUUUAAGAAUCCCAUCAAAGGCUGGGGUCCCCAAAGUAGCGGUAUGUUCUUUCCACAUUCAUAGAAGAGCUAAAAAAAAAAAAGUUGGGCUGUUUUAAUGACCAGCAGAGGAGAGUCUGAGGCCUGGAGCACUGUUUCCACAUCAUUUUCAAAACUUGCACAGCCCUAGUCACAGUACAUACGUAGAUACAUAAAUACAAACUAUCUGACAGAAGGAAUCAGAUAAUAGUGGGCAUGCACCGUGCUUUGACCGGGGUGGCCUGAAAGGCAUCAGUUUGGUAAAGGAACACUUUUAUGUCAUGAAAAUCACUGGUGCUUCUGUUCCAAAUACACAAAUAGGAUCAUAAACAUGUUUACUCUGCCUCUAAACCAUGAGUGGAAUACAGAGUUGUCAUAAGGAUGCAUCACUUGUGUGAUUAUUCUUCCUGCUUUAGUCAAAUUGCACUUGGAUCUGUUGAAAUUGCUUUAAGUAGGAGGUUGAUGUGAAAAAUCUCAACAGUUCUGCUGUUAGCAGAUGCUCCCCCCUCCAACUUUUAUACAGAAGGCCUCUGAUGUGUCCCCUGCACAUCUUUAGAUGUCUUGGACUACAAAUCCCAUUCCUAUCAGUCAUGCUAGUGUGAGAAUUGUAGUCAGAACUAGAGUGCCCCAAAUCAGGGAAGCUUUUUUUGCUAGCUGGCUUCUGCCAUUGGCAUACUUUGCCAUGCAUUCUCAAUUGCAAAGCAAGCUGGUUGGCCAAUCUCUACAAAGCUAUUUUGCAAGACUGAAUCUGAAGUCGUUUUUUAAAAAAAUGUUCUUUAUCUGAUGAAAAAUGCUAUGUGCUAUUAAUAAACUGGACAUUACUAGGUCUGUCUCAUUUAUCAAACCACUCUGGCUCCCUUUACAGAUGGGCUGCAUGUUGUUAGGUAACAUGCUCACAGUCUGCACCAGAAGUAUGACUUCUACCUGUAAAUUGUCAAGAGUUAUUCUGCAUUCCUCUUCAGAGAUAGACAGCUUGUUUUGCUUACUGACUUGUCUGUAUAGAGGACUCUUUUUGUGCAAUAUAGGAUAAACAGUUUAAAAGGACAUCAGAACACAGUCGUCAAAUCUUUAUGAAUGGACUGUCUUUGCCACCCCUUCCCAGUCUUCAUAGGGGGGCUGCUUCCUAGCACUCCAGAUAAUAUAUUAUGGCACUUAUUCCUCAUCUAAAUAAUUCUUGGUAAUUAAGAAUGAACUCUGAACUUUCUAAAACCAUGACAAAUUAAACCCAUUAGACUUUCACUACAGACUGCUUUGUGCAAGGCAUAGCCAUUCAUUUGCCUUCAUUUCUGCAGCUGAGCUGUAGAAGGUUCCUCCCUCACCAACAUCUGAAUGUCACUAGGCCAGGAGGCUGGCUUCAAAGGCUGGACAGCUGACAGAACAUUCCUGUGCCAGGUGAUCUUCUUGGUGACCCCAAGGGAGCCUGCUGGUCUCAGGUGCCCCAACAGACCAUCUGUGUCUCUCACUGAACUGUCAGCAUGGUUGGGCAUUUUGUUAUUAGCAGAGGCCAUAGGACCUGGUGUGAAUAACACAAGUGACUGCUGCUGUUAAGCAAUCAUAAAUGGAAGCAUCUGAUACUUAAGUUGAAUCUGCUUGUACUGGGAUCCCUUAAAUCUGUGGGUAGGAUCCAGUUGCUCUCUUGGUGGGAAGAGUGCCAGGGGUCCCAACUUAAGAGUGUGAUGUAAACAAAAGUCUGCAUCUGUCAGUGUACCACUAUUAGAGUUUAGAUACACAGUUAUGGAUGAUGCUUUUUGAGUUCUGUGGAAACAUGCUCUUAAAUGCUCAGUACCGUUUUGUCAUAAACAGGUGAAAUAUGCCAACAAGCAAGAAAAUGGCACUGUACUCUUCA